AUGGACGGUCUCUUCAUUCUCGGCGCGCAGGGGCGGCCGAUCGUUUUGUCGCGCUUCCGGAAUCGGCGCUUGGCGUACCCACUCAUGUUUGUCGAUCACAUGAACAAUGCGCUGCGUGCGUGUGCGAGUGGGGACGGUUUUUCGCAGGACCGGGCGCUGCCGCCAGUGCUCGCCAUGCCGCUGCACCAGGACAUUGCAGAUGUCCAGAGUGUUUCAAGCGAGGAAGCGAGCGAAGGGUCUGCGUCGCCGGAGCACUUGCAUUCCUCUGCAGACGACAAUGUAUGGUCGACGGAUGCGGCUGCCGGGCCAAGUGCAGAAGCCGAGCCGCGCGCCUUGCCUGGCGCGGUACUAUGCCAGAUUAAGGUGGGAGAGCUGCGGUUCGUGAUGCCUAUUACACGCAACAUUGACCCACUUGUCCCUUUGUGCUUUUUGCACAAGGUUGUCGCUGUACUGCAAGAGUACCUGAUAGGGUCCGGCGAUGCCAGCUGCAUGACGGAAGAACUAAUCGCGAAUAAUUUCGAUAUUGUAUACCAACUUUUGGAGGAAAUGCUGGAUGGUGACGGGAAUGUACUGAUCACCGAAGUCAACUUGCUCAAAGAUAUUGUCCUCCCGCCCAGCUGGCUCGAUCGGCUUGUGCAAACCGUCGGGCUUGGAUCGCAAACCGAGCAGGGACGCACGUCGCUUGCGUCGCCCAUUCCAUGGCGUGGACGCCACGCCAAGUACACCAAGAACGAAAUCUUCUUUGACUUUAUCGAGCACAUUUCGGGAAUCGUCGACCGCCAUGGCACGCCGGUGGUGCUCGACUUACAGGGCCAGCUGGAGUGCUCGGCGAAACUGUCGGGAAUGCCGGAGCUCACGGUUCACUUGAACACGCCGAAAAUCAUGCACGAUAGUGCCUGGCAUCCAUGUAUCCGCGUCAAAAAAUGGAACGCGGCGCAUAUCCUUAAUUUCAUUCCCCCGGACGGGACAGUCGAAUUGGGCACGUACCGUCUCGAUGCGGCGCUGGGCAAGUCGGCGCGCAGCAGCGUUCCUCCAUUGCAUGUGCAUGUGCGCUUGGAUAGGCAUCGCGCGAAUCCCGGAAUGCUUCCAUUUGAGAUUGCGAUCGAGUCGCGCGUCGAGCCGCAGCUUGCAUUGCACGCGGUGCUUGUGGAGUGGCAGCUUGGAGAUGCGGCGUUGGGAGUCGAUGCGUCCGUGCACGAACAUGGCACAUUUGCGAGCGGGGGAAUAGAGCAAGGCACAGUCGUGUUUGAUCGUGCACAGCGGCUCUUGCGCUGGAAUAUUAGCAGGCUCGGCGCACACUCGUCCAUCACGCUCCGGGGUGCGGUUCUCACGACGGGCGAGACGUGCCAUCCGCUGUAUGCAUUGCAGGUCCAUUUUCGUGUUCCAAGCCACUCGCUCUCUGGCCUGCGGGCCAGUACAAUCCAUGUAGAGAAAGAGGCGUACACUCCGGCCAAGGGUGUGCGCAACAGCGUCGUAGGAGCGCUCGAGUGGCGCUACUAG